AUGGUGAAAAUUAAAAACCCACAAAUAUUAACGCAACUAAAUGCGCGGCAGCAACUCAGGCAAUUGGGUGUGCUCGAGAAGAAAGCAACUGCAAUAGGCACAUAUUCAGCUGUGCGUCGUCAGAGCCCUAUUGCGCCCGAUCAGCCAGAGCCGCAAAUAUUGGAUCAUACGACUCAACAGGCAAAAUUGUUUCCGCAAAUUGCAAAUGGUAUCUUUUUCCGUAUUGCAGCCGAUGUAGUUUGGCAUAUGUAUCAGAAUGUAAUGAAGGAAUUGGAAGCCGGAAAUCGCCGCAGCCUGCCCGAGUUGCAUGCCUUAUCUUGCUGCUUGAAGGCAGUCUGUUCAGCCGAUGCCGAGAGAGGCGUUGAAAUUUUACGCAAAUCUUGCGGUGGCCAUGGCUAUUUAAGCUCAUCAAACUUGCCACAAAUAUAUGGUCUCGUCACUGCCGCUUGCACAUAUGAGGGUGAAAACACAGUGCUACUGCUACAAACUGCGCGUUUUCUCGUCAAACAAUACGCGGAAGGACUGAAGCGUAAAGUUUUACCACAUAGCGUCACUUAUCUGCGUAACGCAGCACGUCCAAAGUGGGACAAGGUUGUCGAGCUAAAAACACUGGUGCGUCUACUGGAAUUAGCGGCUACGGAGCGUAUUCGACAAACCUUCGAGUACUUACGAAAGCAGCGGAAAAUAGUAAAGUCUGAGCAAGUGGCUGCCAAUAAGGCUGGCAUACGCUUAACGCAGGCGGCAACGCUACAUGGACGCGCCUUUCUAGCGCGCAUUGCAUUUGAAGAGGUCGAGAAGUUUUGCAUGGAAUUGAAGCCCUCUUUGGCAGCUGUGCUAAAGCAAUUGGUGGAGUUGUUUGUUUUGGAGUUUUGCUUGACGAGUUUAAGUGAUAUUUUAUUGGCAUUUCAACUUAAUGCGCGGCAAGUAGAUGAAAUGCGGACACGUUAUGAACGUUUGCUAGCGGACAUUCGGCCUAAUGCUGUUGUGGUCGUGGAUGGUUUUGAUUUUAAUGAUCGCGUUUUGGGCUCCACGCUGGGUUGUUACGAUGGACGUGUGUAUGAACGUUUGAUGGAGGAGGCGCGUAAGAGCACCUUGAACCAGGAGGUGGUCAAUAAAACAUUUGAAACGCAUCUAAAACCGCUGAUGCAGGGAAAGCUGUGA